UUGAGCAGAAGGGGACGGGAUUCCCCACUCACUACCUGGCAACCCCCUUCUGUUUCCUGCUGCUGUUGCUUGAGCGCUGUUUGUUGUUUUCCUGUGUUACUUGCUGGUUUGUGAAUGUGCUCAGCAUUUAUUGUCAAUGCCCCAGAGUGCACGCAGCAAGGGUUAAGCCAGCAGAGUGUCUUUGGGGUGACGUAGCGGGGAAGAGACUGCAUUUGUCACUUUACUGCUGUUAGUAGGUGUGUAACCACCUGACAGAACAUGCAGAGCCUGUGAGCCCUAUUAGAGAGAGAUUUCACAGCAGAUUCUCAGAUGCUAUAGGACAUAAUGAGCCUGUUACUAUGGACCAGUCUGCUGCUGCCAUCACUGCAUCUCUUCCUCAGUUCUGCAUACCGCAGAGGACCACAUUACACAGUCAUCAAUGAGAACUGCCCCGGGGCAGAGUGGAACAUCAUGUGCCGAGACUGCUGUGAAUAUGACCAAGUGGAGUGUGUGUGCCCUGGGAGUGGGGACAAGGUGGGGUACACCAUACCUUGCUGCCGUAAUGAGGAGAACGAGUGCGACUCCUGCCUCAUACACCCAGGCUGCACCAUAUUUGAGAAUUGUAAGAGCUGUCACAAUGGCUCAUGGGGAGGCAUGCUGGACGACUUCUACGUGAAGGGAAGUUACUGUGCGGAGUGCCGGAUGGGUUGGUAUGGAGGAGACUGCAUGAGGUGCGGGCAAGUGAUUCAAGCGCCUCGUGGGGAGAUCAUGAUGGAAAGUUACCCGUUUGAUGCCCACUGUGAAUGGAGCAUCCAGGUAACACCGGGAUACACAGUAGAACUCAGGUUUGCAAUGAUGAGUCUGGAGUUUGAUUAUAUGUGUCAAUAUGAUUACGUAGAGGUCCGCGAUGGUGAUAAUGUGGAUGCCAAGAUCAUCAAACGAUUCUGUGGCAAUGAACGUCCUCUGCCCAUACGCAGCUCUGGAUAUACCCUGCACAUCCUGUUUCAGUCAGACGGAUCCAAGAAUUUUGAUGGUUUCUACGCCACCUUUGAAGAAGUCACAGCCUGCUCCUCGUCGCCCUGCUUCCAUGAUGGUACAUGCAUUGUAGGGAGCACUGGAUCCUACAGCUGCGCGUGUCUCGCUGGGUACACAGGGAAACACUGUGAAACUG